AUGGCUGACAUGUUUUCUCUAGGGUGGGGGAUGAAUGGGUCAGCUACGGCACAAUCUUCAGAUAGGUGGCAGUGGCGAUUAGAGCCCGAUACAGGCUACAUUGUACGGGGUGCAUAUAAGUUAUUGACUACUAUGGAUGAGGUGGAGCAUCUCAUUUGGCACCCUCAGGUUCCCUUGAAGGUCUCCGUCUUUGCUUGGCGUCUAUUGCGUGACAGGUUGCCCACAAAGUCAAAUCUGGUCACUCGAGGCAUCUUAUCUUCUGCAGCUCACUUUUGCGUAUCUGGAUGUAGGGAGGUUGAGACGGCUCAACACUUAUUUAUUUCCUACGACACGUUUGGUUCUCUUUGGGAUCUAGUUUGCACUUGGAUUGACAUUUCACCGUCAGGUUCUACUUCUAUUCAGGAUCAUUUUGUACAGUUUACUUCCUCAGCUGGUGGAACUAGAGCACGUCAGUCUUUUUUGCAGCUCAUUUGGCUUGCUUGUGUUUGA